AACGGUUCAGGCGGCGGCGGCGGCGGCGGCGGCGGCGGCGGUGGUGGUGGUUGUUGGCGGCCGGGCCUGGCCGACAUCUCGCUGCGCCGAGGUGAUCCCUGUGUAUUUGAGCCAGAACUAUGGGAUUGUUUGACAAGCUAGCGGGAUGGCUGGGGCUGAAGAAAAAGGAGGUUCAUGUUUUGUGCCUUGGCUUGGACAAUAGCGGCAAAACAACGAUCAUAAAUAAGCUUAAACCUUCAAAUGCUCAAACUCAGGACAUCGUUCCAACAAUAGGAUUCAAUAUAGAGAAAUUCAGGACUUCGAGUUUGUCUUUCACAGUGUUUGAUAUGUCAGGUCAAGGGAGAUACAGAAAUCUAUGGGAACAUUACUACAAAGAAGGCCAAGCCAUUAUUUUUGUCAUUGAUAGCAGUGACAAAUUAAGAAUGGUUGUGGCCAAAGAAGAACUUGACGCCCUUCUGAAUCAUCCAGAUAUAAAGCACCGUCGACUGCCUAUUCUCUUCUUUGCUAACAAGAUGGACCUCAGGGAUGCAAUGUCAUCUGUGAAAGUAUCUCAGUUAUUGUCGUUAGAAAACAUCAGAGACAAGCCCUGGCAUAUCUGUGCCAGUGAUGCUCUUAAGGGGGAAGGAUUACAAGAAGGUGUAGAUUGGCUCCAAGAUCAGAUACAAGCAAGGAAGACAUGAGAGAUAACUAAAAGAUGGCGUUCUUUUCCAGACUUUGUCAGUAGGUGUACAAGUUCCUUGGAAAAGAAGAAUGAUUUAAAUAAAAUUAGCAGUUCAGCUAAAAUAUACUCCGUUGACUUGUUCCCUUUUAGUAUCUCUUCCAGGAAAACUGAAUGUAAACAACAUAGCACCUCAGGUAUGCACAGAUGAAUUAAAUUCAAUCUUGUGACUGGAGAGCAUAUAUAUAAAAAUAUAUAUAUAUUUCUGUUAAACAUCUGCAUUCAUUUGAGUUUUAGGUGAUAAUUAGCUGUCAUGAAAUGCCCCUCUGUUUUUCUGGGGGGCGUUUGGACACCUUUUGACCAAAUGGGAAUAUUUAUUUUCCUGAGAAACAUGAUCAGCACUUUCUGAAAUACAGCUGCAUGAGAUACCUACUGAUUUUAGGUGCCCAUUUUUAGGUAUUUCUGCUUUUUUUUUGUAAUUGUAAAGUCUGAUGUUGGGGUUUUAGUAACCAUCUACAAUAGGCUUCUAGAGGAAUAUUUUGGUUUAAGAUACAAGGAUUUGAAUAUAGAGUGUAUUUGUUAUAGAUGAUUGCAGAUGUUUAUAAGGAACUGCUUUUAAUGAAAUGUUAUAAAUUGUUUCUGUAAUAUGCCAUGGUUAUAUUUGCAUUCCCAUCAAUAAAAAUUUAAAUAUACAACACGCCAUGGUAUUUUUAAACCUAUAUAUGUUCAUUGAUGGUCUUUAUGUCUUAAAUUUUUUGGUUUUCUGUUACUUUCAUUUGGAAUGUGUCCGUUUUCCAGUGGAAACAGCAUUGUAUACUGUAAUAAAAUGGUAUCUCCU